AACGAUGGGGCGUCAGGAGGUUUCAACUUUCGAGCCUUUCAAGCAAACGUUCACCGAAUUCUCCCUAUCCUCCCCUCUCCCUCAACCAACACCAAUGUAAAGUCAUAAUCCAGAUGUAUGAGAGAAAAGCUUUGGGAGGGGGUGAAGAAAAAAAAAGGAAACCCACGAAAUAUAAAGGGAAGAAACUUCAUAUGUGUUUGUGGAUAAUGUAAUGGUAUUGGUGUUGGGAACCCAAGCGAUUAGCGUCGAGCAUAACCACCGCAGUUUGAUACACACUUGUAAUAUUUGUGUGUUGGGUGAAAAAAGUACUUCUACCAAAUCGAUUUUUCAUUUGGUUUUACCUAUAUUAAAUUAAUAAAAGCUAACAGGAUUAAGAUCAUAGGUUUUAAGUGAAUUCAUAUCAGACUGAUAAUGUCGUCCAAGAGGAAAAAUCCAGCUACAAAGAAGGGGAAGAAUAAGUCGAGGAAAGUUGAGUAUGAUGAGGAGGAUAUUUCAAGUGAGCAUGAGUCUGAUCUUGAGGAUGCCGACGCCGGCUCUAACGCUGAUGCUGAGGACGCCAACGAUGACGAAAUCAACGAUGUCUCUAACAUUCCCGAAUUGCGUGCACCUGAGGGUGGCUGGGGUAAACCAGGAACUUUCGUAAUGUGUGGAUUAACAAAUUGGGAUCAAGCUGGACGUAAAGCACCGCCGAAAGGCACAAAGGUGAACAUUGGACGCAGCUUGUGGACGCCUCACACUUUCAAGAAUCUCAAUGGCGCCAGGGUUAGACUUGUCGUAUCUGGCCCAGCUGCUUCUCACUGUGUCGUCGUCACAGAGGACGACAGGUGUCUCGUGUUCGGCAGAAAUGACAAGGGUCAAUUAGGAGUAGGUGACACAAAUCGUCGUGAUGAUCCAACCGAGGUGGAGGCCCUAAAAGGUCAUACCGUGAUCGCAGCAGCUUGUGGUCGGGCCCACACCCUAUUCCUCACAAGUCGUGGACUAGUCUUUGGAGCUGGUGACAACAAGUUGGGACAAUGUGGAGUUGGUAAAUCAGACGCAAUGAUUCCAACAGCGACGAAAGUUAAAUACGCAGGAGCUCCGAUUGUCAAAGUGGGUUGUGGUGCUGAAUUCUCGAUGAUUCUAGAUAUAAAGGGUGGACUCCAUUCAUUCGGAUCUCCAGAGAAUGGUCAACUCGGCCACAAUACCGAUGGAAAGUACUUCAUUACAAGCACAAAGAUGGCAUUUCACUUUGAAAAAUCACCAAAACGAAUUGUCCUCUAUGUGGAGAGGGGUAAAGAUGGCCAUGUAACGCCUCUGGAUAGAGUUGAAAUCACUGAUUUCAGUUGUGGAUAUUAUCACACUGUCGCCAUUGACAGCAAGAGUCGUGCAUUCUCAUGGGGCUUUGGGGGAGUUGGGAGACUUGGACACAAUGAACAAAAAGAUGAACUUGUUCCACGAUUAAUCAAGUAUCUUGAACCACCAAAUCGUGGAGUCAGAUCCGUCCACUGUGGUAGUACUUACAGUAUUGUUAUCAAUGUUCAUGGCACUGCACUCAUGUUUGGACAGACUAAACGCACUGGAGAGGCUAAUAUGUAUCCCAAGCCUAUUCCUGAUCUCUCUGGGUGGGAGAUCAGGUGUGUUGGAGUCAGUCAGACCAGUGUUGUUGUUGCUGCUGAUGAGUCGGUCAUUGCUUGGGGAGCUAGUCCUACUUUCGGAGAACUUGGUUUUGGAGAGAUGCGAAAAUCAUCAACAACUCCAAUGGAAGUGAAAGCUCUGGAGGGUCUCUACAUAACAGCAAUAACCUGUGGACUUUCUCAUACAUUAAUGAUAGCUAGAGAUGAUACUGAAGAGGAGAGAGCCAAACUCGCUAAACUCGAAGUCUACUCGUGCUAAAUUCCUCCCCUCGAACAAUUUUCUUCGUUUUAAAUUUUUUAUCUUUUACAAUUUUCAUCGAACCGUGGAAUUCAAUAUCAAAAGGAAUAUUUCAAUUGAAAGCAGUGAAAUCAUCGAGACGAAAUAUCAUCAUAGUAACCAUCGAAAUAUCUCGUUGACGAGUGAAUUGAACAUGCAAAUGCCAAGAGAGAUUUUUUUUUUAAUAACUUUCUUUUUUUAGAAUGACCUAUCAAUGUGAAGAAUGCAUCUAGUUUUUCCACUCUAAUUGUUAAACUUGUCCUCGAAAAAUGAACGAAUAAUUCCUGAUUAUGCCAUAAAAAUUCUCCAGUAAACUGAGUAUUCCGAUUAAUUUGCAAUUCCGCGGAAUAAAUGAACUGAGGAAAUAAUAUAUUUUGAUACGUUCAUAUUUUUACCACUUUAUGCAAUUUCGCAAGAAAUUUUCAGCCUAAAUAAAAUAGUCAAACCAGCACGACGACAAUAGUUAUCUGUACAAUUGCUCAUUCAAUAUUUGGGCAAUUAUAUUUAAUUCAUUUUGACAUCACCUUACAGGGUACCUGAGUCGUGGGCGCUUUUACAUAAUAGUAAAAAUAAUUUCUCCAAUUGUUCUCAUUGAUUGAAAUUUUGCAUGUAAAAUGAUCAAUCGAAUUUUGAACAAAUUUUAUUCCAUCAGAAAACUAGUAUUUGUCAGAAAUUGUGAAAAUUAUUGAGAUGAUGUAGAUUUCAUUUUGUAAUUCUUGUUUAUUUAGGAAUUAUCUCAUAAUCUUUCACCGUUUUCCGUUUUUUUUGUCUAGACUGCUAAAGAAAUUCGGAUAAAAAAUUCCAUUAAUUUUGAAAAAUGGUCUCAAAAUCAUUUGUUCACCGGGUAAAUGCAUAAUUUAAGGAAAAGUUUGUGUUCCAUCAUUUAUAAUUGAUAUUCCAUGGCAUCACAGCGCGGAAGAAAUAGGAAUGUCAAUUUAUAAUUUUAAUUACAUUUAAUACGAAUGAAUCGAACUCUGCGUAGAAAAACAUUCUAUACUUCACAUCAACGCCAGAAAUCAGAAAAUUUGAAAUAAGGACGAUCGUACAUAUUUAUAUUUAGGAGCAAAGUAGUUAAGCUCGUCUCAUGCAGUGAAAAAGACAAACGAGUAAAUGAUAAACUAAAAA